GUAAGCGAAGAUGGCGGACAGCGAGGAUCCCAUCUAACGUGCGUGAAGUCGCAACGAGGAAUUCAGUAGCGCAGGGGAUUUUUUAAAAUCCAGAUACGGAUCGGGCAAGACCUGCCAUGGCAUCUACUAACGUCCGGAUCAGUCAGCAGGCUUUGGCUGUGCUGGACGUGGCUCUCCGGGUCCCUUGCAUCUUUAUAAUCGACGCCAUUUUUAACUCUUACUAUGAUCCCGGAGCUUGCUGGGCUGGGGCAGUCGGCAGGGUUUUAGUGCGAGCGCUUGGUAUUGUAGUCUGUAGUGUAGUGCUGGUGCUGUCCCAGAAGUCCCUGUUCAAGUUCUACACCCUGUUCUUCGCCGUGCUGCUGGCGUCCGUAGCAGUGCUGAUAAACUACUACGCUACGUCCCACAUAGACUUCUCUAGCUCCUACUACAGGGUGGCGUUGGGCUUCCAGUUGCUGCCCCACAACGGCCCCAGCCUGUGGCUGGGUCUGGCUGUGCUACAGCUGCUGUUCGGCACGGGCUACGUGGCGCUGCUGAGCGUCCGUCCGCCUGGCGCCGCCCUGCUGGUGCUGGACGUCCUGCUGCCCCUAUCGGGGCUAGUCCUGGAGCUGCCGGCUGACGCCAGGCACCUGGUUGCUGUGGCAUCGGGGUUGGCUCUGGCCUCGCACACGGCCGCGUGUUUGCUCGUUCGGCUCAGGUGGUUCUACUACUCCUGCCGCUACGUGUACCUGCUGGUGCGGCACAUGUACCGCAUCUACGGGCUGCAGUUGCUCCUGGAGGACACGUGGAAGAGGAUCCGCUUCCCUGAUGUGCUGCGCGUCUUCUGGCUGACGCGAGUGACUGCGCAGGCCGUCGUGCUUGCGUACGUGGUGCACGCAGCACGAGCGGAGGGUGAAGGAGAGCAGCCCUACCUGACGUGGGAUGUAUUCUGGGACUUGUGCAGUAGUCUGAUCAUCAGCGGUUGUGAUUCCACGCUGACCGUGCUGGGCAUGAGCGCGGUCAUCUCCUCCGUAGCCCACUACCUGGGGCUCAGCAUACUGGCCUUCAUCGGCUCCACCGAGGAAGAGGACAAGCGUCUGGGAUUCGUGGCGCCCGUUCUCUUCUUCAUCCUGGCCCUGCAGACAGGCCUUAGCGGCCUGGACCCCGAGGAGCGGCUGGUGCGGCUCAGCCGGAACAUGUGCCUCCUGCUCACCGCCAUCCUGCACUUCAUCCACGGCAUGACGGACCCUGUGCUCAUGUCGCUGAGCGCAUCGCACGUGCCGUCGCCGCGGCGACACGCGCCCGCCCUGCUUGUGUCGCUGGUGCUGCUGGCGCUGCCUGUGCUGCUCAGCUGCAUCCUGUGGCGUCACUACGCGCUCAACACGUGGCUCUUUGCCGUCACCGCCUUCUGUGUGGAGCUCUGCCUCAAGGUGCUUGUCUCGCUCACCGUCUACGCCCUCUUUAUGAUCGAUGGUCGGUGUAGCGCGCUGUGGGAGAAGCUGGACGACUACGUCUACUACGUGCGCUCGGCAGGCAACGUCGUGGAGUUCAUCUUCGGUGUGGUCAUGUUUGGCAACGGCGCCUACACCAUGAUGUUUGAGUCGGGCAGCAAGAUUCGCGCGUGCAUGAUGUGCCUCCACGCCUACUUCAACAUCUAUUUGCAGGCCAAGAAUGGCUGGAAGACCUUCAUCAACCGCCGCACCGCCGUCAAGAAGAUCAACUCACUGCCCGAGGCGAAGGGGGCGGAGCUCCGGGGCAUCGAGGACGUCUGCGCCAUCUGCUACCAGGAGUUUGCCUCAUCAGCGCGCAUCACACCCUGCCACCAUUACUUCCACGCCCUCUGCCUGCGGAAGUGGCUCUACAUUCAGGACACCUGCCCGAUGUGCCAUCAAAAAGUGUACAUCGAGGACGGCCGCGAUCAGGCUUCCUUCUCCAACAACAACGGGUACGCUCCGGCCGGCGAGGAGCGGGCAGAGUUUGCAGGAGGGGGUGAGGCAGAGGCUUGGCCAGCAGCAGGAGCAGGGGCGGAGCCUGAUAACGAGCUGUUGGAGGACAACGACAGUAUCGAGUAUGAUGAGGACGAGUGGGGCACGCAGAGCAGUGCGACUCCCGUAGAGGAGGACUACAUUAACGAUGACACAGACUCAAACACGGACUGAACGGAUAUCUUAAGUUGAAUGGGGAAAAAAAGUAUCUUAAUUUUCAAGAUCAGGGAAGUUGUUGUUUUUUUUUUUUUUUUUUUUUUUUUCUCCGUGCUCCUUUAGGUCUUUUUGUUUUGUUUCUAUAUCUGUGUCUCUCAAAGGGCUGCUUGGAAUUAAAGCAUACUGAGGCAUGAACAAGUGCUUAAGCACAGGGUCAAAAGGCCGAAACACAAUGGCACGUUGCUCAGGAGUGUGUGUAAAAUGCCACUUGACUUGGAGAAAUCUUCACUUGCUGGCCUGCCCAGCUUCAAAAGGAGAGGCUGAAGCUGACAUGCUACUGCUACUGAGGCUAAAGGGGACAUGCUACAGAUAUACCUCCUUAUGGCUACUACUGGUCUCUUGUGCGACCUUGCUUCAAUUUGUGUACAUUGUUGUACAUGUAAUAAAAAGAAUGGCAUGCUUUCCCUUAGUAAAGAGAAAGCUGCAUCCAUCUGAAUGUUCUCAGAGGUGACGAGACACAGCUAAGCAAAACCCUGCCCCAUGUCUCACCCAUGUCUCACCUCAGACCGUAAUUGUGUUAAUCUCCGUAUUUCAGCUCAUCCGACAGUUCACUUGCAGCUUGAACGUUGUUUUCUCACCCUGGUAAACAUUCUACAGCACAAAUAACACAUUUCUUACAUAGGGCUUGCAAAUAAGGUUUCGGAGCGGUAAACCACUAAGUGAUUGUUGCUGGUGAGAGUUUAGUGAUCAUAAAUAUAAAUGCUAGAGUGAGAGCUGAUCUAGGGUCAGUUAUUUAUUGCCCAAUUGGAUUUAAAAAUUAAAUGACUGGUUAGUAUUGAAAACGCACCCCAAAAGCAAUAGCUAGUUUCAGUUUGGAGUCUUUUCAUAUAAUAAUAUAAUAUGGGCUCAUCAUACUUUCUGCAGAAACAUCUGGAUGUGGUAUAAUCUCACUGUGGAUGGUUCUGAUGGAGCUCAACAUUUUCAUGAUAUUCCAAAAAAAAAAAAAAAAAGAACCUUAUGUACUAGUGUGUCUCUGAUUCAGUCGCCUGAAAAAUUACGUCAAUAUGGCCACCAAAUGCCCCCCCCCAAUUUCCUGAGAUCCUUUAUACAUCCUGAUCUGUGUCUCGUAUUGAAUCAGUGUACUGAAUAAUGACUGAUCUGGGACCGGCGGAAAUUGGAGUGAUUUAUUUUGCUCAGUUGUCACCGUACUCGGUUUCUUUAUGAAAUUAACGAAGGGUUUUCGUGAUUGGACAUGAUUUGCUUGUUGCAGUUCUGGUGGAGUUGUUGAUUAUUGCCGUUUGCUAAGAGGAUUUAAUAAAAAAAAUCCUUUAUUCCAUUGCA